AUGGAACGACUUUUCCGAGCCGGCCUUCGAAAGGCUACUCCCGGCGCCGUCUUCCGCCUUACCCUGGACGGCCUGGGUCUCUUCUGCGCCUGCACGUUAAUCUGGGAGCAUCUGAUCACCGUGCAGCUCAGCGAGGGGCCGUCGAUGUACCCGACUUUCAACCCGCGGGGCGACUACCUGUUGAUUUCGCGAGUGCAUAAACACGGCAAAGGCAUUGAGGUGGGCGACGUGGUGCGAUUUUAUCAUCCGACGUUUUUGGGUGUCAAUGGCGCUAAGAGAGUCAUUGGCAUGCCGGGGGAUUUUGUCUGCCGGGACAUGCCGUUCAGUACGGAGGUUGGGAAGGAGCAGGAGAUGAUUCAGGUGCCUGAAGGUCAUGUGUAUGUGGGUGGUGAUAACCUGCCCUGGUCGAGGGACUCGAGAAAUUACGGGCCUAUUCCGAUGGGCCUGAUAAACGGGAAAAUUAUCGGUCGCGUCUGGCCGCCUUCGAAGAUGCAAUGGGUGCGCAACACGAUGCAGCCGGCCCAGCUGUCCGAGGAAUGA